CUAUGGUUAUAUAAGAUGAAGAAACUCAUGUUGGAGGUAGAGACAGGCAAGGAAGGUCCUCUGCUGCGGGCUUCUCCGGAGAUGGCCACGGGACUCCUGGUGUCUCUGCGAGGACUCUCAGGGCUGCUGCUCCUGCUCUGUGCCCUUCCCUGGACUGAGGGUGGGAAGGUCCUGGCGAUUCCCUUGGAGGGCAGUCACUGGCUGAGCAUGAAGAACAUUGUGAGGGAGCUCCAUGCCCGAGGCCACGAGACAGUGGUCCUGUCUCCAGACGUGUCCACGUUCAUCAAAGAAGAGGAUUUUGUCACUCUGCAAAGCUACACUGUCCCGUACACCAAGGAAGACUAUGAACAUAACUCGCUGGGUUACUUUAAAAUGUUCUUAGAGACAGAAUAUUCUGUCAUGAUGUUUUUAAACAAUAUGGAACUUAUGAAAAACAUAUCGAUGUUCUACCUGAGUGCUUGCAGUAGUCUACUGCACAACAAGGACCUUAUGCAGCAUCUGAACUCAAGUUCCUAUGAAGUCGUGUUAACAGACCCUGUGUAUCCCUGUGGGGCAGUGUUGGCGAAAAUUUUGAAUAUUCCUACUGUGUUUCUUCUGCGCUUCGUUCCUUCGGACAUUGAAUUUGAGUCUGCCCAGGCUCCAAGCCCUCCCUCAUAUGUUCCAAGGGCAUUCACAAGGAAUUCAGACCACAUGACCUUCCUGGAGAGGGUAAAGAACAUUCUCUACAAUCUGCCAUACAAGAUCAUUUUCCGCAUCGCUUAUGUCCGCUUUGAGAACCUGGCCUCAGAGCUUCUUCAGAGAGAGGUGUCUUUCACGGAGAUUCUCAGCCACGCAUCCAUCUGGCUCUUCAGGUUGGACUUUGUGUUUGAGUACCCCCGGCCCAUCAUGCCCAAUAUGUUUUUCGUCGGGGGACUAAAUUGUGCCUUCAGAAAGCCACUCUCUCAGGAAUUCGAAGCCUAUGUCAACGCUUCUGGAGAGCAUGGCAUCGUGAUUUUCUCUCUGGGAUCCAUGGUCUCGGAGAUUCCGGAGAAGAAAGCUAUGGAAAUCGCCGAGGCUUUGGGCAGAAUUCCUCAGACGGUCCUCUGGCGCUACACUGGACCUAGACCAUCGAAUCUUGCGAAGAACACAAUACUUGUAAAAUGGCUACCCCAGAAUGAUUUGCUUGGUCAUCCAAAGACGCGUGCGUUCAUCACACACUCUGGUUCCCAUGGUAUUUAUGAAGGGAUAUGCAAUGGCGUGCCAAUGGUGAUGAUGCCCUUGUUUGGCGACCAGAUGGACAAUGCCAAGCGCAUGGAAACUCGAGGGGCUGGGGUGUCCCUGAAUGUUCUCGAAAUGACUGCUGAUGAUUUGGAAAACGCUCUAAAAGCAGUCAUCAAUGACAAGAGUUACAAGGAGAACAUCAUGCGGCUCUCCAGACUUCACAAGGACCGUCCCAUAGAGCCUCUGGACCUGGCUGUGUUCUGGGUGGAGUACGUGAUGAGGAACAAGGGGGCGCCACACCUGCGUCCGGCUGCCCAUGACCUCACCUGGUACCAGUACCACUCCUUGGAUGUGAUUGGCUUCCUCCUGGCCAUCGUGUUGACAGUCGUCUUCAUUGUCUUUAAAUGUUGUUCCUAUGGCUUCCGGAAAUGCUUUGGGAAAAAGCAGGGAGUUAAGAAGUCACACAAAUCCAAGACCCAUUGAGAAGUGGGUGGGAAGUGAAGGGGAGGUAUCAGUCCAUUCUUCAAUCAGUUUGACACUUGAAAACAGAAUCAGUGUUAAAUUUAUUUUGCUUUUAUUAGGGAAGUAAUCAGCCAUACAUCUCACACUCAGAACAAUUAUUUUUUUAAAUAAAGCCAAUCUAAUUGCUGACCACAGCCAUCAGGGAAGCUAUGGGCAAUACUUGCCAUCUCCUUGGGAAAGAAUGGCACUCUGUAGUCAAUUUGACAGCCCCACAGUCGUUCCAUGUCCUGUCAUAUCAUCACUGCGCCCCCCGCUUCCCCCCCACUUCAGCUGAUAGAGUCCUCACCUGGAUCCUCGGACUGUUGUGGCCUCCUCCAGCGCUCGCCAUUCCUUGUCGUGCUCGUAUGUUGUGGGGGACGCAGCCUUCGUAGCUCUGGGGGAGGGGUGAUGCUGUGAGACUGUGUCGGAGAUGAUAAUCAUUGCUAUUGCUUGUGUGAAGCAGAUCUGGAGUUGAUGAAAGCGAAAGGAUAUUAGGCAAGUACAGCUUCUGUAGUGUUUCCCAAACCGAGAAUUUACUAAUAAACUCAGACAAAUUGUGUUUA